AUGGCACCAACAGUGGAGGAAGAAGCUGCAUUCAUGGCACAACUGAUGCAGGGCAUCGAUGACGACUUCUGGACGGCAGGACCCUCUCCAGAUCCUUCGCCCUCCAAAAAGAAAGUUGCGACCACCGAUGACCACAACAUUACCGCGUUUCUCGAGAAUUCUGAGAAUUGGGAUCUUGACGAUUUCGUCCCUAGUCCAGUGAAACCUCCUCAAGAAAAGUCCAACGCGAGUAUACCGCGGCCUAUUCCAAGGCUCGAAUUUAACCAGAGCCCACAAAAUACGAAGAAGCCACCUCUCUACAUCCCGGACGAAUGCACACGAUGUGUUGUUGAAUCAGUCACGGAAACUUAUGUUGAUAGCAGGUGGGAGAAGAUAGUAGUUGCGAACGUACUAGCAGACGGUGACCGCGCCGAAAUACACUUACUGGACGACUGGUAUCACACCGACAUUCGUAUAGAUGACAUACUGAAUGUGAUUGGAGCCUUCUCAGGCUCGUCCUCCUCGAAUACACGUUCCAUAUAUAUAACUUCACGAUCAAAUCUUCUUAUUCUCCAUCCGGACGUCCUGAUAACUGCCACUGCCCUGUCGAGCGCACCCCAAUGUAGACGCAGACCUUUGCUGUCGAACAUGUUACGUUCAACGACCGAGAUUACACCGGCUUUGAUAUGGGGGAACAUGCUGCACGAAGUUAUGCAAAAAUGUUUGUUAGAACAACGUUGGGAAGAGGAUUUCAUCAAUUCUUGCAUUGACGAUGCAAUUAUGGGAAACCUAGGAGACCUGGUCAAACUUGGUCUUUCAGAAGGCAUCGCCAAAAGAGAAGUAAAAGAUCGGGCGAAAGGACUUCCGCACUUUGCAGACAAAUACCUCGCCGCCCAGCCCAAAUCCACAGCUGAGUUAACAAACACACAGUCUGCGGCAUUCAAUGAACCGUCUCUCUUGGCCAUCACAGAUAUUCUUGAAAUUGAAGAAGACAUAUGGUCACCUACAUAUGGUAUCAAAGGCAAGGUCGAUGCCACGGUACUUGGGACCAUCUCCGAUCCAUCUCCCUCACCUUUCAAGUCUCGAGUAGUCACAAAAACCCCACUUCCCCUCGAACUCAAAACUGGGCGCAUACUAGCUAGCAUGGGGCAUCGUGCUCAAACAAUGUUGUAUACGAUUCUACUUAGCGAACGUUAUGGAACGCACGUUCAAGACGGUCUGCUAUUUUAUAGUCAGAGUGAGAACGGAGAAAUUGUUAGGAUUCCAAGAGGACGAAAUGAAAUCAGAGGCCUUGUCAAUAUCCGGAAUGAGCUCGCUGCAUAUAUGUGGAGAAGGAUACGCAAAGUCGAGCCUAGAACACAGGGCCCUCCGGAUCAUGAAUGCGAGCAAGAGGAAGAGUAUUUCUUACCCGCACCUAUUGACGAUGAAAGGGAAUGCAAACGAUGUUAUGCGCUCGACGCCUGUAUGCUCUUUCGUAAGGCUCGCCCGCACCAUUCUGAUUCGUCAUCCACUUCUUUUGAACCGCCGAUACCGACAUUCCUCUCGUCCACUUUUGAUGCAAAAACCGGUCAUUUGACGCCAACACAUACAAAAUUCUUCACGGAAUGGGAAAGGUUAUUGGCACUGGAAGAGAAAGAUUUGGUACGAUUUAAAAGAGAGCUAUGGACACUAGGGGCAGCGGAAAGGGAGAAAAGGGGGAGGUGCUUCAGUGAGAUGAUUUUAGUUGGCGAUCGACUAGACAAUUUGGAAGACAAAGACUCGAUACCCAGCGGAAAGGAAAGAAAAAUACACCGAUUUACCUACGUCUUCCGUAAAUCAAGGCCCUCGGCAACUCUAAUAAAUGGACACCUAACUGUCGGGGACGCUAUAACGGUUUCUGUGGAGCCACGGCUUAUAGCUCUGGCUCGAGGAUUUAUUCUGGAACUAGAACACGAUAGUGUUGUAGUAGGUGUGGACCAUGUCUUGAACAUUCCGGGGAUCAAGGCAAGACUUGGGCGAGAGGCACUGCCCUCCCCCUACAAUUCUACGCAGGCAAUAUCAACCAUGGAAGAUACCAAUGUCAUUUUUCGGAUCGACAAAGACGAGCUCAUGGGAGGAAUGACGAGGGUGAGGAAUAAUUUAGCUCAGCUAUUUUAUGUGGAUGGCGAUGCAAAGCGGUUGGAACUAGUCGUAGACCUUCGAAAACCAGUUUUCAAGUCGAACGACGAGUUCGUCAAGGUCUCCAGACAAUUACACUCCAAGUCGGCCUUGGAGAGUGACCUUCAGCUAAACACAUCUCAGCUGGACGCUAUGGAUAAGGUUCUCUCAGCAGAGGACUACGCUCUUAUAUUGGGUAUGCCUGGUACUGGCAAAACGACAGUGAUUGCUGCUCUAAUUCGGGAAUUUGUUGCACGAGGAAAGACGGUCCUACUAAGCUCCUAUACUCACUCUGCCGUGGAUACGAUUCUGAGGAAAGUUAGCGGCGGUGAUGGGAGGACACUGGAUGCAAAGGGUGGUGCAUUCAAUAUCUUAAGGCUCGGAAAUGUGGAUAAGAUUCACCCCGAGCUACAAAAAUUUAGUCCUGUAGCUCGAAGGAUGGCAACUACGGUCGGACAACUCGAGAAGCAAUUAAUGGAUGCACCUGUUGUUGCAACAACCUGUCUUUCGCUUGAUAACCCGUUGUUCUCUCGCCGCAAGUUCGACUACUGUAUAGUUGAUGAAGCAUCUCAGAUCACACUCCCUACCUGCCUUGGGCCUUUGAAAUUUGCAGAUGUAUUUGUCUUAGUUGGGGAUCACUUUCAGCUACCCCCUCUUGUCAAAAAUCCCGAUGCCCGUAAAGGUGGUCUGGAUGUAUCUCUGUUCCGUCGUCUGUCUGAAGCGUACCCGGAAUCAGUGGUGGAUUUACGGUUCCAAUAUCGAAUGAACGAAGAUAUCAUGAUGCUGUCUAAUAAACUGAUCUACAACGAUCGCCUCCAGUGUGGAAAUGACGAAGUGGCAAAACGGAGCUUGGUUUUGAGAAACAAAAGGUUCCUGGGAAGGUUGCAUGUUAACGCACAUAACGACGACUCGGCGCAUAUUGAAAAUUCAUCGAACAAGGUGUUAUGCCGAGGUGCGGAUGUUUGUUGGUUAGAAAAGCUGUGCGAUGAGAGAUGUAAAGCGGUAUUUGUCGAUACAGACAACCUUCCUGCUCACGAAUCGAGGGUAGGAGAUUUGGUCCAAAACACGACAGAGGCCGAGCUUGUCUGCCAAUUUAUCGAGACAUUAAUUCGUUGUGGAGUGGAUGAAUCGCAGAUUGGCGUUAUCUCACUGUAUAGGCAACAAGUCAAGAUCUUGCAGAAUCUACUACAGGAAAGAAAGGGCGUAGAAGUUCUCACAGCAGAUAAAAGUCAAGGACGAGAUAAAGACUGCGUCAUUGUCUCACUCGUCAGGUCAAAUAACGAGGGCAAUGUUGGUGACCUCGUUAAAGAUUGGCGGAGAAUAAAUGUAUCUUUCACUCGUGCGAGAAGCAAACUGGUCAUUUUUGGCUCAAGAAAGACUCUGGAACGCGAACCUCUUCUAGGGCAGUUUUUUGAACUAAUGGAAACGCAGAGAUGGAUUCAACGGCUGCCAUCCAAUGCGCACACAGCUCAUGCAAGGAUUUUAGGUGGUUGCACCAAGGUGUUGGCGAAGAGAGACGGACGCCAAUCGGAUGAAAAUAUCUUACCAGAGCAAACUGUCGGUACCGAAGGUCACCCAACAAAGAAAGUCAAAUUGGACGACACUCGUUCCUUGAAGAGUUCGGCUGGAGGAGUAUUAAAAGGGCGCCCUAUCCUUAGAGAUUUGGUGAUCGCCGAGGUAUAA